UAUUGCCUCACAGUAUUAUUAUGCAUCAGCCUUAAAAGAAAGCUUUGUUUUGUCUUUAACAGUCAAAUCAGACCUCACAACACAAAUGUCAGAUGACAGUAUAUUUGUGUACAGCACAUUUGGCGGAGAAGAUAAUCAGGGCCACAAAAUAUAGUUCAAACCACUUGGUUCUGUGAAGAUGAGGAAACAUCGCCUUUUAGCCUCCCUCAAGAACUAAAACAUGAAACUGAAAGCUACAUUUCACAUCAUUUCAAGAGAAUGAAAACCAGGUUCCAAAGUGAAACAAUGAAAGCCCUUGUUUACAGAUAAAAGAAUAAGACUGCACAAUUGUGAUAAGAAACAUGCAACAUGAAAGUAACUUGUUUCUAAAAUGUAUUUAUGCAUCUGUGCAUGUAUUUCCCCCCUUUUAUAGCUCAUUGAUUGAAUAAUGUACUGUAUGGGUAUCUUCCCUAAUUAUUUCUAUUCUCGAGUUUUUUAGUGCAUGCAGUAGGCUGUAUGUGAGAGGAUGGAAGAUCUUCUAAAUACACUUUGAGUUUUUAUUAUUGAGGAGAUAACUAAUCCAAUAAAAAUACAAAAUGCAAAUGAACCCCCCCCACCCAAAAAAAAGUUUCUUGCCAUGUGUUAAUUACCGCCAGUGAGUUAACAAAAUCCAUUAUUGAGAUUCAGAAGUAAAUUACUUUAAAAUAUUCAAUAUUAUAUUGUGAAUUGAUGUGAUUAUCUUCCCAUCUCCUUUAAGAGUAAAGCUAUAUAGCUAUUUUCCUCUGACAGUAAAAUUCCAACUCAUAUGCAUAAUUAUUUUUCACCCACUUGCUAUUAUACGUUUAUCACUUCCUCUUCUGAGCAUCAAUAUAAACUGGGCAGAAGACGCCUCUCAUCCUAGACUUGCUUCACUCCACAUCUGAUCUCAGCCUCAACAUGUCACUGCUCUCUUAUUUACUGCUGGCAGCUACUGCAGCCUGCUGCUUCACAACCCUCUUUGCAUUGCCAAUGGAUGGUGUUGCUACCAACAGCAACUGUCAGUGUGUGACCACCACCUCAUCCAUAAUCCCAUCUCGGCUGUUCCAGAGGAUUGAGAUCCUGCCUCCGGGAGCACACUGUCGCAAAACUGAGAUCUUGAUUACCAAAAAGGACAACAAAACAGUUUGCAUAGACCCUGAAGCACAAUGGAUCAACAAAGUCCUCACAAGAGUAAUGAGGAGCAGAAGAAGUGUAAAGGAAAGUGCCGAGCCCACUGCGGCAUAAAUCAAAGCGGACAAGAACAAAAGACAUUUUCCACUUCCUACUUUUCAACUAUUCCUUUUCGUUAAACAGGCAACUCAAGUGUGCUGAAUGUUAUCAGGCCAUAUUUACGUAGUCACAAAUUUGUUAUCGUAGGCUGUCUACAAAAUCUGUAAUUAUUCUUUUGAAAUAAAACUCACAACCUUCUUCCUUUAAAAUGACAUCUUUAUUGCCUUUAAGGUGGGAGACUAGGACAAGACUUUGUUGAGAAUUUCUUGUUUUAUAAAUGGGCCACAUGUAGCACCAUUUUCAUUUGUAAACAGAAAGUUUUUUCCCCCAAUAUAAUCAUCACCAUAUAUGUUCAUAGACUAAACAAGAUUUACAAAAUGUGUAUUCCUCAGCGGAGGAGAAACUGCAUGAAAAAAACUCCCAAAGUCAAUGAGAAAAAUCCAGUGAUUAAGUCAUCAUCUCAUUGGGAAAAUGCUCUUUUUUGGAUAUUCUAAUAAUUGUUUCUCAAGGUUCUUAGCAAAACAAUACUUUACAUCAUCUUAC